ACAGACUUCACACACUAAUCUUCGGGUUAGUUGAGGUCUGGUGGUUAGCAAUAUGAAAAUGUGGCUGUUUCUUUUGAAAUCUUGACAGAAAUUCAAAAUAUUUUCACACAUAGGUAGUCUGGCAGACGAUAUUCGGGAUGAGGUGAUGCUACCGCCUGUUUGAGAAACCUGUACAAGCUACAGUAGCUAGUCAGUGCUAACGAGCUAACUGAAAACAAAGCCACGUAACAUCAAAGCUUUUCUCUACUGGUGGUAUGGAUGAGGAUUUUCUGCUCGCCAUUCAGCUGCAGGAGCAGUUUGAUCAUGAAUACCAGGCUUCGCUAUUUUCAUCAAAGGACUUUGGGGAUGAUGGUGUCAUACACAGCAGUAAGAAACGGAAAGUUGAAGGAGCUGGAGGUGGUAGCGAUGUUGUACCCUACUGGAAAACGAAUCCCCAGCCUGAGAGGCCGCUGUCUAUUGUGGAUGCGUCCUGGGAGAUGCUUGACCCCAGUCCUGAUGUCAGGGCCAUGUUUCUGGAGUUCAACGACAUGUUCUUCUGGAGUAAACUUUGCGGUGUGGAGGUGAAGUGGAGCCCUAGAAUGACGCUGUGUGCUGGAGUUUGUUCUUACGAGGGUCGAGGUGGACUGUGUUCAAUCAGGCUCAGUGAGCCUCUACUGAAACUUAGACCCAGAAAAGACCUUGUGGAGACCCUUCUCCAUGAAAUGAUUCACGCGCUCCUGUUUGUGACUCAAAACAACCGGGACAGAGACGGCCAUGGACCAGAGUUCUGCAAACACAUGAACCGGAUCAACAAAGCCAGUGGAACAAAUAUUACUAUCUACCACAGCUUCCACGAUGAGGUUGAUGUAUACCGGCAGCACUGGUGGCGGUGCAACGGGCCCUGCCAGAACCGCAGACCCUAUUUUGGCUACGUGAAGAGGGCCAUGAAUCGAGCUCCAUCUUCUCUUGACCCUUGGUGGGAGGAUCACCAGAGAACAUGUGGUGGGACAUACACCAAGAUCAAGGAGCCUGAAGGAUAUGGCAAAAAAGGCAAAAAGGAUGCCAAGACCUCAGAGAAGAAGACCUUAGGAAGUGGCAAGCCUUCAAGUACAAUUCCAGGUUCUGGAUCACAGGAUAUAAGGAAUAUCAUCCCAUUUAGCGGGAAAGGCUUCAUCCUUGGGGGGAAUUCUCAGAAUUCCACGUCUUCCUCUCCAUCUCCCAGGCCACCACUGCCUGCUGUUAAAGCACCAUUAUCCAGCCCUGUCCCCUCUCCAAAAAAGUUCUUCACGCCUUCAUCCCCACCUAAAAGUCUCUCCUCUCCUGUUCUCUCUACCAAAACCAAUGGGACCUCCAACACUUUUCCCGCCAUCAGACCAGCUGCAUCCAUGGGGACAAAGCUGCCUGUAAAGAAGUCUGUCAGUAACACAAGGGUUUUUGUCAGCAUCAAUGGUUCACCGGUGAAAAUCCCCAAAUCCCACAGCAGUAGUCGCAGCCAAGGAGAAGAUAAGCUCAAACAGAAGUCCAUUGAAGACCUCUUUAACAGCACAAGCCUCAGGAAGCCAGAGACCAAAAGAGACUCACCGACAUCAUCAAAGAGUUUCAUAAAUGCUGCUUCUGCCUCCUCUAUAUUUCCAAAACAACAAAACGAUCAAUCGACUUCCUCUCCCAAUACUCCCAAGCCCAGUCCUAACAUACCCAACCAUUGCAAAUACCCAUCUGUAGUUUCAACAGGAUCCCAAGGUAGCAUUUCAAAACCAAUACCGUCCAAGUAUUCUACUAAUUCUGACAGUGACAGCGCGCAUGGGGCUGCAGGUGGGGGUCAGACAUCGAGGAAGAGGGUGUGGGGUGACCGCAGCAGCAUUGCUGACUUCUUCCAGAAAACAUCAGGCAGCAAUUCAGCAGCAUCAAAGGAAUCAGUAAAGGCAAAAUCACCAGCAAUGCAGGUGGAAGCCACCACCACACCCUCCUCGUCUGCUUUUCUGCAAUCCUCUCCAGGGCUGCACAGUGUUGCCGCCUCUUCCUCCUCCUCCUCCUCCUCCGCAGUGAUGGUCAGCUGUCCGGUGUGCCAAGCAAAAGUUCAGGAGUCAAAGAUCAACGAGCAUCUUGAUUCCUGCCUCUCUUGAGUAACGGGAUGACGUUAAAGAGAUGAUGCAAUAAAACCAACUUCCAGAAAGUCAGGAGAAGUCUCAUGUUGUACCAAAGCUUCUUAACUUUGGAUGUUCAGUAAAAUGAUAUCAUCAUUGGCUCAAUACCAGGUUUUGCCAACAGGUUGCAGAGUGCCUUUAAGACAGUUUAUGCCUUGGUAUACCAAGAGAGCUGCAGGGUUUUACAGAUAAUCACAGAUAUAUUAGCACUGCUCUUUCCUUUUAUAUUGCCCAGGACAACACUUGUUUUAACUGUGUUUGAAUAUUUAAAGGGUGACAUCUCCUCCUCCUUUUACUUUCUAACACACUGAUCAGUCCUGUGAUUCCACUGCAUGGCUUUAUGUCUGGUAUAACAUAAUUCCUAUCUUCUUAACACUGAUCUGGACUGCAUCAGAAUGCUGUAACAGCAGCAUUUUUGAAGAACUGCAGUCUGGUUUGAAUUCAGAAGCUGCUUUGUCUUAGUCUAGAAAACCUAUUUUUGCCUCCUCUGGGUGUGGAUGUAUUGAUUUGUGGGGCCUGCAGGGUGAUGUAUCCCCCACCACCACCACCUCAGGUCUGCAUCUGCUGCCCUUCAGACAGCAGGAGAUACUGUGAUCUCUGCUGCUUCGAUCUGUAGGAGUCAGAUUUCAUACUCGCUAGCUAUUUAUUCCUGCAGGUCAUCACAUUUGCACUGCACCCAGCCUGCGGGGUCAGGCGGUCCAAGGGUAUUUGAUUUUACUGAGUAAAAACCUCACCAGUGAUAUCUGCAGUACGAGAAAUGAGGAUCGUUUGCUGACUAAAACUUUAAAAAGUUCUAUCUGAAUGUCUUUUUUUGUUUAUGUUGGAAAGAGUUUCUUAUU